UUUUUCAAAGAUAGCAUCAGGUGGCGUUUUAAUGGAAAACAAACAAAAUGGAGCUAAAUAUGCAGAUGAUAGAAGAAAAUCAAAGGGCGGCUGGCUUUGGUGGCUGCCAGUUUUAGUCUUUGCUGCUAUUGUUCUAACUAUGAGUGUUCUCACUAUAUUAAAAUUUGUUCAUCACUUGAAGAGAUCUCUAAGUCCUCAUCGUCCUCAAAAAGUCAUUCAAAAAUAUGCUGAUGCUCUUGAAAUCGCCAUGCAAUUCUUCGACGUACAGAAGUCUGGAAAGUUGGUGAAUAAUAAUAUUGCAUGGAGAGGGGACUCGGGUUUACUAGAUGGGAGUCAAGAGAGUUUGGAUCUAUCAAAAGGGUUAUAUGACGCUGGUGAUUUGAUCAAGUUUGGAUUUCCCAUGGCUUUCACUGCAACAAUGUUGUCAUGGGGGAUUCUUGAAUAUGGUAAUCAGAUGAAUGCACUGAAACAACUUGGCCAUGCCCAGGAUUCACUUAAAUGGAUCACUGAUUAUCUUAUCAAUGCCCAUCCAUCUCCAAAUGUGCUCUACAUCCAGGUUGGUGAUGCUAAAUCAGACCACGAUUGUUGGGAAAGACCUGAAACAAUGUCGGAAAUGAGGCCUCUCACACAGGUUAAUGCAUCAUUCCCAGGGACAGAGGUUGCAGCCGAAACCGCUGCAGCUAUGGCAUCAGCAUCUCUUGUUUUCAAGAAGAGAAACGGCACUUAUUCUGAUCAGCUCCUUGUGCACGCACAACAACUUUUUACUUUCGCUGAUACUUAUAGAGGUUCUUACAGCAUCAGUCUGCCUCAAGUCCAGGAGUACUACAACUCAACAGGCUAUGGAGAUGAACUCUUAUGGGCAGCUGGUUGGCUCUAUUAUGCAACUGGAGAUCACGCAUAUCUCAAUUAUGUAACUGAACUAAAUGGGCAAGAAUUUGCAAAUUGGGGAAGUCCUACUUGGUUUAGUUGGGAUGACAAGCAUGCUGGAGUUCAGAUUUUGUUAUCAAGGAUAAAUUUAUUUGGUGCAAAAGAGGUCUCAGACACAGAGAAUCUUGAUAUCCAGGUGUACAGGAAAACUGCUGAGGCUAUUAUGUGUAGACUUCUGCCUGAUUCUCCUACAGCCACUUCCAGCAGAACUGACAGUGGCCUAAUUUGGAUUGUACAGUAUAACAGUCUUCAGCAUGCUGUGGCUUCUGCAUUCCUUGCUGUUCUUUACAGCGAUUACAUGCUUACUUCCCGCACUGAAACAUUAUAUUGCAGUGGAAAAUCCUACCUGCCGGAUGAUCUUCGCAAUUUUGCCAUUUCCCAGGCAGACUAUUUGUUGGGGGAAAAUCCAAUGAAUAUGAGCUAUCUCGUUGGAUUCGGAAGUAACUACCCUUUAUACUUACACCACAGAGGAUCUUCGAUUCCAGCUUAUGCUGAUACUGGCUGUAAAGAUGGGUUCAAGUGGCUUUACUCUAAAAAUCCUAAUCCGAAUGUAGCUAUGGGAGCAUUUGUUGGCGGUCCUUUCCUAAAUGAAUCAUAUAUAGAUAUUCGAAACAACUCGAUGCAAGGCGAACCAACUACUUAUAACAGUGCACUUCUCGUUGGCCUCCUCUCUGGCAUAGUUACUACCUCUUCAGUGGUUAAAUCAUUCUAGAUGAUCAAUAUAGUCUAGUACCUCUGUACUAAAUUAGAAAAGUGCCGCCUUUCUAGCUACUUUAUUAGAUAAAAGAUUGAACUUGAUUAAUUGACAUGGGGAAGAGCACUCACUCCCUAUAAACA